AUGAUUGAGAUAUCAAUAUCAUAAAUCAGUCUAAAAUAAGCAUUGGGCAAUUGUUAAAUGAAUAUUGGAGUCAAAUGCGGUAAAAUUCUUAAUUAUAAUUAGGUGAAAGGAAGGAAAUAUUGUAUUAAUAAUUUUCAUCAACUCAAAAAAUAAUCAAAUAUUCCUAGCCUCAUCAAUAUGUAUUUGAUAACCAAAACACUAAAUUUGUAAAAUUAAAGUAUAAUUCAUUUGUUAGCUGUAAUUUUAUAUUGAAAUUCCUGAUGAAUAAGGAUAUAUUAAACUUUUAGGCAGUUCAAAAUUGCUUAUUAAUGAAGUUUAAGGAAGAGAAGUUUCUCAUAAAAUAGAACUUGAACAUGGUAACAUAAUGAAUAUCGUAUUACGAUGUACAACAGAAGUACGUAAUUCUGCAAAAUAAAUACCUC